AGAAAAUGGGUGCUUUCAUUGUUGUAAUACACUCUCUGGUCUCAAAGUCCCUCCUCCUCAUCUUUGGCUGCUUUGUUGUUGACUCCCAUCAAAGAUGGCGUCGCGCGCCAACUAAACCCACAUCCUACCCGAGAGUCACAAGACUGACCAGUCCCACCUUAAGAACCAGGACUGAACAUGGCCUUUGAGGAGAUAAAGAAGAAAGGAAUGAUGGAUAUUUCGGGGAUGGAAGGAGAGGUCGGUCUUGUUGCGGGUCGCAGCCAAAGAGAGAAGAGACGCUCGUAUAAAGAUCUGUUAAGAGAGGAAGAAGAAAUCGCAGCGCAGGUGCGCAAAACCUCCAAGAAACACCACAAGGAUUCUGACCUUUUCCUAUUAGGAGGAGAUUCUCACAAGAAAAAAAAGAAGCACUUGAGUGAUGACUACUAUCACAGAGACCAUCACAGCUCUGGUCAGCCACCCCACAAGAAGAAGCGCAAGUCUUCAGAUCCCUCCCUCUCCUCUUCUCACCCGUCCCAGUCCACAGAUACAGCCAUGGGCCUCCUGGAGGCCAUUACCUCCCCGCUGGCCACGGGCUCCGACCCCACCCCGCACUUCUACAAAAAACCCUCCUACCCUCCCCACGCCUCCUCGCACUCCUCCAAAGACCGCAAACAGGACGGUGGCUCAAAGAGCAGCCACUCCUACUCGCACUCACGUCCACCCGGCUCGUCCUCGUCUAAAAAGCAUUCCUCCUCCUCAAAGUCAUUGCUGUUCCAUGGAGGAGCUGGAAAAGGAGAGCCGCUGACACUCUGUGAAGCUGACGGCUUGAAGAUGAAGCUCAUCCUUUCUUCAAAAGAGAAGAACGAAGGUGUGGGGACGAACGAGGGAUUCUCCUUCCCGGUCCAUUCUUCUUCCUCUUCGGGUGUGGUAGGCCAUCAUUCAUCCUCGAGCUCAAAGAAAGGAGGGAUGAAGAAGGAGAAAGACAAAGACAAAAUGAUGUCGAAGCCACCAAAGAAAAAGCAGCACAGCCGAGAGCCGUUGCCUGUGGUGGGGAAAGAGGUCGAGGUCGUGGGUCAUUACGGUGGCUCUUACGGAGGCAUGGGAGGAGACAGCUCCUCUUCAGGAGGAGAGCUAGAGGCCGGCGAGCUGGUGAUUGACGACUCGUACACACAUCUUUCUAAAAAGAAGAAAAAGAGCAAGAAGAGCAAAAAGAAAAAGGAUAGAGAGCGAGACAGAGAGAAAGGAUCCAGGGAGAAGAAACACAGCAAAGGAAGUGGAGGGAAGAAAAGCUGUCCAGGUGAUCAGUCCAGAAGCCACUCCCAUUCUCACAGCUCAACCAAUCACAGCUCUUCUGGUGGCAUGUACGCUAUGGCUCCACCCACCUCAUCCCAUCAUCAUCAAAGCAUCGAACUGAUGGGUGAGAAGAAGAAGAAGAAGGAGGAAAAGGAGAGAGAGAAACAUGACAAGGACAAGAAGAAGAACACGACAGCCUAUCAGGUGUUCUGUAAAGAGUACAGGGUCAAUAUCAACGCAGAGCAGCCUGGAUUAGUUUUCGGGGAGCUGAGUAAGAAACUCGCAGAGGUGUGGAAACAGCUGCCUGAAAAAGACAAACUGGUUUGGAGACAGAAAGCCCAGUAUCUCCAGCACAAGCAGAAUAAAGCUGAAGCUAUGACGGUCAAGCGGAAAACCUUAACAACCUCAGACAGUAAAAGUAAAGGCUCCAGUAAAGGUGUCAGUUUAGGAGCAGGAUUGGCCCCUCAGGGCCGCUCAUCUCUGGGUAUGUCGUUGUCUCCGGUGCGGGUACCUGAUGUGGACCCCAUAGAUGCAGCAGCUCACCUGCAGCUGCUGGGCGAGUCCCUGUCUCUGAUUGGACACCGACUUCAGGAAACAGAGGGGAUGGUGGCGGUGUCUGGCAGUCUUUCGGUUCUUUUGGACUCUAUUUUAUGUGCUCUCGGUCCAUUAACCUGCUUGACGGCACAAGUCCCCCAGCUCAACGGCUGUCCACGCAACGUCCUGUCAAAUACUUUGGACAACAUCGCGUACAUAAUGCCUGGACUAUGAAUCUCUUAAAAGGUACUUACAUGAGACUGGGUUACAUUUGGACACAUUCCCAGAAGCAUCAAACAGAGGACCAGAGUUGGUUUUUUAACUUUUUCUGAUCAAUGGACAUUCUUGGUCUCUGACAUGUUUUUAAAAAUUGUAUUUAAAAUGUUAGUCAUUUUUUAUUGUACAAAAAAAAAAAAAAAAAAAAAAGAUCCUAUUUUAGAGGACACUUUUGAAGUUUCCCCUUUGUGUUUGUGUUAGCAUUUUAAAAUGUGUUUGAGUAUAUGUGAUCUAAUUCACAUGCUUUUUAUACAAAUAUGUGCAGUUUAAUUUUAUGGCCCAAUGUUUUUUUUUUUAUAAUUUAACGUUGACUUAAUUUAUAUCAACAGCAGUUUAACUGCGCUCUCAUCAUUUAAUGUCUUACAUAUUGUAUUUUUGUAAUGUAAAUGUUGUAAUAAUAUACAGGGGUUGGACAAUGAAACUCAAACCUGGUUUUGACACAGUCAUUUAUUAGUAUGGUGUAGGGCCUCCUUUUGCAGCCAAUACAACAUCAAUUCGUCUUGGGAAUGACAGAUACAUGUCCUUCACAGUUUCUCUUACUGAUCAAAUGUGCAAUCAGUGAAGACUGGCCAUCAGGCCGCACAUGUAUAGUUGUGAAACCUCCAACACUAUACUGGCCAGUGUUUCAGUUUCAUUGUCCAACCCCUGUAGUUUUCAAGUUUUAGCACGUUUACAGGACAAGCAUGUAUAAAAUCAUUUUAAAGGUGCACUAAGUUUUUUUUUUCUUUUAAAAAUGUUUUAUACCUCAAGAAACACAUAGCUCAUUUUACAAAUAUUUUUAUAAUAAUGUACACUUACAUGACAUGAAGACCCCAGGUCUUCCCCUGUAAGCAGGUCCCACUUCAUGGUAGCCGCCAGUUUGAAAUCACAUGAACAGAUGAAUACUACUCACAUCUUGCUAACCUAACUUUAUAAAAAUACCUGUGAAUAUUUUACAGUGGCAUCAAUUGAAGUUUUGCUUUAUGCAGUGUCCAACUUGAUAGGUAUCAGUAGCCGUAAGAUAAUUACUGCGCCAACAAUUUAGUUCACCUUUAAAGUGAUCAUUUUAAACAAGUGAUUGUUGGUAGUUUUUAGAAGAUGGAAAAAUAAGUAAAAUAUAUUUGCAUUGAUAUAUGUGCAUUUUGCAUUGACUUAUUUCCAUUAAAACUCAAAGAUCUUAAGUGGGUUUCCUUGUUAUAAAAGAGUUUUAUAAAUAAAUUUUCAUCAUGUGCACAUA